GGGAAAGAGGGCGGGCCCUCGGCCGGACUCUCGCUGCGCAGGCGCAGUGCUGGGCUCCUCCGGCGGAGAGUCCGUCUUAGUGGUGUCGUUUCUGCGCUUUACUUGUACAGCGGGGCGACAGGUAUGGCGGAGGCGAUGGAUCUGGGUAAAGACCCCAAUGGGCCCACUCACUCCUCCACUCUGUUCGUGAGAGAAGACGGCAGCGCCAUGUCGUUUUACGUGCGGCCCAGCUCGGCCAAGCGCCGGCUGUCGACGCUCAUCCUGCACGGCGGCGGCACCGUGUGUCGGGUGCAGGAACCCGGAGCCGUGCUUCUCGCCCAGCCCGGGGAGGCGCUGGCCGAGGCUUCGGGCGACUUCAUCUCCACGCAGUACAUCCUAGACUGCGUGGAUCGCAACGAGAAGCUGGACCUGGAGGCCUAUCGGCUGGGCCUGACGGAGCAGGCGUCCGAUCCGAAGCCCGGGGCUUCCACCGAGGGCUCCACGGAACCGGAGCCGCAGCCCCUGACCGGGCGCAUCGCCUACACCGACGCGGAAGAUGUGGCCAUCCUGACCUACGUGAAGGAGAACGCCCGUUCGCCCAGCUCGGUCACAGGCAAUGCCUUGUGGAAAGCGAUGGAGAAGAGCUCGCUCACGCAGCACUCCUGGCAGUCGCUCAAGGACCGCUACCUCAAGCACCUACGGGGUCAGGAGCACAAGUACCUGCUCGGGAACGCCCCGGUCAGCCCGUCCUCCCAGAAGCUCAAACGGAAGGCGGAGCAGGACCCCGAGGCCGCGGAUAGCGGAGAGCCACAGAACAAGAGAGCGCCAGACUUGCCUGAGGAGGAGUGUGUGAAAGGAGAGAUCAAGGAGAAUGGAGAGGCAGACAACAAGCUGUUUGAGGAAGCCGCUCCGGAGUUCGGAGAAGCCGUGGUGGAUGAGAGCCCUGACUUUGAAAUACAUAUAACGAUGUGUGAUGGUGAUCCACCCACACCCGAGGAAGACUCAGAAACACAGCCAGACGAGGAGGAAGAAGAACCAAAAGUUUCUACGCAAGAAGUGGGAACUGCCAUUAAGGUGAUCCGGCAGCUAAUGGAGAAGUUCAACUUGGAUCUAUCAACAGUUACACAGGCCUUGCUGAAGAACAGUGGUGAGCUGGAGGCCACGUCCUCCUUCUUAGAGUCGGGGCGGAGACCCGACGGUUAUCCCAUUUGGUGCAGACAAGAUGACUUAGAUUUGCAGAAGGACGAUGACGACACGAAAAAUGCACUGGUCAAAAAGUUUGGAGCUCAGAACGUUGCUCGGAGGAUUGAAUUCCGAAAGAAAUAAACAGACAAGAGGAUGGAAAAGAUAGGUGAUGAUGUAAGCACCUGUGACCAUUGACACCGACCAGCAGGCGAUCGUGUCAGCACCAGUGGCCAGUGACCCCGCCGGUGCUGCUGUAGCCACGCAGUGUAAUGUAGCAGGAUAAAACAAAAGACACUGGAAUUAGAGCCGUCCAUGGCAAGUAUCCCCUGUUUAUGAUAGGCAAAUCUAAGCCAGAGAGGUUGGUCUGUGUACUAGUCAUUUUUGGAUGGACUGUGUCCCCCGUUGUACAGGUGCCAGGAGCCAAGUGACAAAGUCAAAGUUGGAAAUGAAAGGGCAUUUGACUUGGUGAGGGAAUAAUUCUUGUCUUUUGGCAGAAGUUGCUUUAGCUGGAGGGUCCCAAACCAAGAGUCUAGAAGAACGAUUUAGUUGCAGAGCUUGUACCAUGACUCCCAAACUAUCCCAUCCCCCAGGGACCUCUGGAUUCUGUGUUGACUGAGUUGAAAAACCCCAUAGUCAUCUUGCUAUAAAUCUUUGAAAUCUCUUCUUCUUCCUUGGCUGUUGCUUUUUGACUCUGAGUCAAGUCUCUAUAGAACAUACUUGCUUACUUACCACUCAGUUUUGUGUACAUAAAGCCCUAGGCUUGAAGGAGCUUCCAUCCUUUGUACAUUAUAAAUGAUGUCAUGUACAAACUUCACAGUCAAGAAUCAAAGGAAAAAAUCAAGUUACACACACACACACACACACACACACACACACAGUCUUAAAACUCUGUUCUAGAAGGCUGUGAUUCAGUGUCUCACCCUUGUAGCUAUCCUCGGACACUGUUGGUUGGAUACUGUUAAUUGUGAUAUGUCAAUUUUAAAAUUAUGUGGAACAUACGUUUUCUGCUGAAAAUUAUGCUAGACUUAAAAUUGAGUGGCCUUGGUCCACUUUGCUGUGUUGUUUUUGUCAUUGAAAAUAAAUAAAACUUUGUGUUGAGUCUUGUCAACAAGCAUUUUCUUUGAUUUUAUAUAGGAAACAGUUUAGGUAAAUUUUCAUUUUAGAAUUAAUAAGCCUUGAAAAGAUGAUCCUCUAGGUGGAGUGAAGGGAGGAUGUGUCUCAGUCAGGGUUUGUAUACCUGCACAAAACACCAUGACCAAGAAGCAAGUUGGGGAGGAAAGGGUUUAUUCAGUUUACACUUCCACAUUGCUGUUCAUCACCAAAGGAAGUCAGGACUGGACCUCACACAGGGCAGGAACCUGGAGGCAGGAACUGAUGCAGAGGCCAUGGAAGGUGCUGGUUCCUGGAUUGCUUUCCCUGGCUUGCUCAGCUUUUCUUCUUGUAGAACCCAAACCACCCAACAGCCCUCCCCCUUUGAUCAAUAAUUGAGAAAAUGCCUUACAGCUGGAUCUCGUGAAGCCGUUUCCUCAAAGGAGGCUCCUUUCCCUGUGAAAACUCCAGCUUGUGUCAGGUUGACGCACAAAACCAGCCGGUACCGUGUGCAUCAGAACUAUGAAAAGAGGCAGAAUCAGUUGAAAUUCUGCGAGUUGAAGAGAAGCAAGCCAGAGGUGUGUCACAGGUGUGAGCCCCAUCUCCAGCAGUCUGGACACUCAAACUUCACACUCACCAACAGGAAUCUGAUACGUGUCUACGCGAAGCAUUCUAGAGUUAAUGUCUUAGUUUUAGGUAAUCUUAAAACUUAGUUUUAGUUUUUAGUUUACCUAAAACUAGUCUUAGUUUUAGGUAAUCAAAGGAUGUGAGAACAGAGGUCUCCUGUUUACCACCUAAGUGUAUUUUGGAACUAGAUGCACUGAAAAAAAAAAGGUUGUUUGUUUAGAGAGAGGAACUUAUGUCUUCUACUUUCUAAAAAACUUCUAGUAGAGUCUGGUAUAAGUGAAAUGUUUAACCUGAGCCCUUUUCUGAGGAUGUUUUAGGCAUGUGACACACGUCAGUAAUGUAAUUCUCACUACUCUGGUGACUAAGAUGGGAAUUGAGAGGGGUUAUAUGGUACGAUUUGUUUAAAAUGUGUACUCUUUUUGAUAGGACUCUAAAAUGGUUCAAAAUUAACUGUCUUAAGGGCUGGAGAGAUGGCUCAGUGGUUAAGAGCACUGUCUGCUCUUCCAGAGGUCCUGAGUUCAAAUCCCAGCAACCACAUGGUGGCUCACAACCAUCUGUAAUGGGGUCCGAUGCACACUUCUGGUGUGUGUCUGAAGACAGCUACUGUGUACUCGUAUAAAUAAAAAUAAAUCUUUAAAAAAAAAAAGAAAAUUCUGUUUUUGUAAAAAAAAAAAAGACAGCUACAGUGUACUUACAUAUAAUAAAUAAAUCUUUAAAAG